AUUAUCGAGGGGAAGAGUGAGGAGCAACACCAACACACUCUUUGCUCGUUUUUGGUUAUUUUUGUUGUUCCAAAUUAUCAAUUCCCAUUUCUCCUCUUUGCUUGAGUUCUCUUCCAAUCACUUCUCGCUUCCACGGUUGACUGCAUUGGGCCCGCAAUUGACAUGUCAAUCAUGAGCCGUAAAGACAAAGGUCGGGAAAGACUCUGUCGUACGCAGCUUCGAGAGAUCAUCUGUUCUGUCUGUCAUCAUAACGCAAGUGCAACUGAAGAGUGACCCAGGAACAAUCCACGAUCAAGAUGCCUGUAAUAAGAAGCGGCUCAACACGGGACAUCUACAAGGCACCCUUGUCUGCUGUCCUUCGUCGCCACGGUCGUGAGCGUCGUGAACGCUGGAGUCAAGGUGAAGACCCGGGUGACUUCAUGCCUCCCCACCAAGACGAAGAGCCCAGCCAUGAGCCUUCUGAAUCCUCAAAAGGGAAACAACCUGAACCUCAGCGUCUUCCUUCUAGAGCUGGCUACGAUACAGCUGUGCUUCUUGACUUGUGCGACACCAUUCGCAGUAGCCUGCAUGAGGGACGUCCCGAGGACAGGUGGGAAGAAGCCAUGGGUUUUCUCGCGGCACUGCUAAGAGACGAGGAGCACUACAACCGCGCAAUAGAAUUCGAGACUAUACGCGACACGCACCUUGACAGGCUUAUAUCGGAUCUCAUGGAUCCCAAAUAUCGCCACCCAAGAGUACCUAUUAGAUUUUCGAAAGAUGUCGAAAGAGCAGAGACCCUAGAACGGAAAUGGGUUGAGAGGUUUCGAGGUCCCUACUUCAAUAUGGAGCAAAACCGCUAUCGAGAUCUCCCCAAGACGGGACGGCUCAGGGAUGUGGCUCUGAACCCCAAUGCAGACAAUUCAGAAGAACGUUGGCAAGCCAAAGAAGGUAAGACUUUGUCAGAGCUGGAGGGUAAUCUGGAAAUCGAACCUGGGCAUUGGUGGCUCAACUUGGCUUGCGCGCAUCGGGAUGGUAUCGUUGGUAGUGCUCGCGAGAAACCUACCAAGGGCAAAUAUGGAGUUGCCGCAUUACCGUUGCUCACAGGGCAAGAGAAAAUUGAUGAAGGAGAGGGAACUCUGAAAUAUGUCAGGCAGGGAAGAAUUACUGACAUACAUGUGUCGCUCAUAUCUCAAGUGGGAGCUACCUUUCGAAUCCUGCGAGGCCAUCACCUCAGAAGCCCAUAUGCACCAAAAGUCGGCAUUCGUUAUGAUGGUUUGUAUACGAUACGCCGAUAUAGUCAAUGGUUUAAUGAAGUCAGCGACCGGCACCAUAUGAUGCUCACUUUGGAAAGAGUUGAGGAUCAGAAACCAAUAGAGGAUAUCUUGCAUAUACCCCGUCCAUCCGAGAUGGACGACUGGGAGCUCUAUGAGAAAUAUGAGGGCGAGGCGAUCAAAAAGCACAAGGGGAACAAGGCCCUUCUCGACUAGAAGUUAGGAAUGGCACAAGAGAAAGUCGACCGGGAGGAAUAUCAGAGGUCGCAUGACUUCCGAAACUCGUUGGGUUAUCAGUUCAAGAAAGCAGGACUUUAUUGAUAUGAGGUGAAGCAUGAUAUGAUGGGACGUAUGGCUACGCUGCAUCGAUUGGCUCGCAAGACUAGUUCAUAGCAUUAAUGGUAACGUUUAAUUAGAGGCCACUGACAUUGUCAGUUCUAUUAUUACCUAGUUUGGAAGUGUU